CCUGCAAUAGCCUCAUUUGCAUGCUAGUUCCAGUCCAAUACUGAGAAUAUGAAAAUGGUCUAUUCUGCGGACAUAAUGUAUCUUUCUCAGUGUGACAAUACAUGUCUCAUAAUUUCUCAGAAGUCAGUGGUAACUUUUUACAUUGUUUGUUUUAUCAUCAGACUUCUAGCAAGAUUGAUAAGGUUUUUGAAGCAGUCACUUCAGCAAUGGAUGAGUGUCAUGGAAUAUCAAGAAUUGAAACUUUGCAGACUCAUCAGAACUUUGAGGUGUAUAAAGCUGCUUUGGCAAUAAUAGACAAGUUUUUCUCUGAAGAGACUUCUGAUGGAGAGACAGACCAAAUUGCUCCCAAAGCCACCAGUGAAGGAUACAAGUUUGGUACUCCACAGGCAUUGCCAGCUGAUGGUUUCCACUUCUAGUAAAUAGCUCUGUUAACUUACUCAAAUCUGCUAGCUGAAAUGGCAAACAUGUGCCACAAAUAAUAAUUAUUAUAGUUGGACUAGUAUGAAUGUUAAUUUAUUAGAAAUACUUAGCACAUGUGUGCAUCAGUUAAAAUAUUGCUUUUUUGCAAUUUUGAUUAGUACAUAAAUUUUGUGCUUUGCAAUUUGUAUAAAUGUUAUUGAUAACUGUCACAGGCAUUAAUAUCAGGCAGCUGUAAUAGGUGUACGACAAAUAAUUAAACAAUGCUUGAGAGUUGAUUUGA